AUGGCGGCGGGCCCGCAGCGGCCGGCGGCCCUGCGCGACGAGGUGAUCGCGGUGCCGGAGCACCUGCUGCCCAGCGGCGACGACCUCGAGCAGGACACGCUGCCGAUGGAGCAGCAUCCGUCGUACCCCCUGGGCAACCCGUACUGGAUCCACCACACGCCGGCGACGCUGCAGCCGGCCGGCUCGUCGCAGCCCAAGCUCGACCCGCGGCUCGCGAUGCGCCUCGCUAUGCACAUGGACACGCACGCGCCUGAAGACGCGCUCUCGUCCGUGGCGCGCGGCUCUGCGCACGCGCAGGCCGCCCUCGAGGAGCGCGACGACGAGGGGCCCCUGCCCGUCGGCGCCGACGGGCAUGUGACGCUGGCGCCGCACCUGCGGCUCAAGGCGCAGAUGGGCGCGAGUCCCGCCCCGCCGGCGUGGCCCUUCCCGCGCUAUGGCCCCGGGCCCAGCGCGCGGCCGCACGCGGCGCUCUUCCGCCGCCCCGCCGGCACCGAGCCGGACGAGAGCGUGUGGGCGGACCUGGCGCUCGAGGCGCUUGUGCCGCGCGCGCGUCCCGACUCGUACUCGCUGCCCUCGACGCUCAUGCACACCUAUGCGAAGGACGCACAAGGGCGGCGGCGGCGCGAGCGCCCCUCGGGCAUGCCGAGCACCCUCGGCGCGCUGACGCGCCGGCACGACAGCGCGUGGCUCGACGAGGCGUGGUCCGACGACGACGUGGACGCCACGUGGGAGCGCGAGCUGCACGACUGGGCCGCCGCGGACGUGCAGCAGGCGCGCGAGCGUGUGCGGCCGCGGCGCGUUUCCUCGCUAUGGAUGCAGGAGCAGCACGACUUCCACCGCGUGCUGCUCUCGGUGCUCGAGCCCACGGCGCGCGCGGGCGCCGCGGGCGCGCGGCCCAAGCGCGUGCGGGAGCCGGCGGCGUCGCCUGCGCAUGGGCGGCGGAAGCGGCGCUCCAUCUCGGUGCCGCUCGAGCUCGCGCCGUCGCCGCCGCUCGACCGCUGGGUGUGGGGCGCGAGCCACCCUGGUGCGGCGGCGCCGGCCUCGCCGUAG